UCGCCCUCGCAGUCGCACCCCUCCCCUUGUCUUCUUCCUCCCGCCCUCUUCUGCUUUUGGUUGAGCCUCCUACGCUACAAACAGAAGUACUCCUACUCCUGUACUGCUGUGAAGUGCGAAGCUUAACGGACCAAGCGAGAGCGAGAGCGAGAGAGAUGAUGGUGCUGUUGUUGCUGAUGGCGCUGGUUUACUGCUCCUGAGGGGUAGGGAGGGAGGGGAAGGAGCACGUUCGCUUGUGGAGCGGUUGGGUGGGUGGUGAUUCUUCUUGGCGCAGCCGGCCAGGUGAAAACGGCCGCCCACCGGCUUUGCUCUGUAGUGUCCGCUGCUGAUUGCUGAGGCUCCCGCUGCUCCGUUCUUCGCCGGUGGUGUUCUUGAUUUCGUCGGGGGGAAAGAUUCCAGGUUAACAGGCGUGGAUUUGAUUGGGGGGAAAUCUUGGGAUAUCGAGCGCAAAGAUGCGGAUUUGAUGCAUCGUUUUUUCCUCACUUCUUUUCAGCCGUCAGUCGGAGCAAGCAGAUGUUUUGAAUCCAGAUUCCAACCGAGGGGAACAGCCUGCUCGGAGUGUGCGUGUGACGGUGUGAGUGAUAAGUAGGGCGGUUGCGCACGAGGUGUUCGUCAGAAAGCCGCAAAGGAGAAGGUGGGCGUGCAACUUGCAACCGUCGCCAUCGUCACGAUGAGAGACUUUGCAUCUUGCUUAAGUCAAAGCGGCGUCCAGGUCGCCCAUUCCUCUUCUCCAGGUGGCCAGAACAUGGUGCAGUGCACCUACCUAGCCCGCCUCCGUGGCAAAUCUUGCAGCGUGACCGUCACCUGGAGCAAGAUGACCAUGGGGCAGGCUCUGUCCGUCGCAGUCGACGACUCCUCGAAUCGUUGCCUUUGCAAGGCAGAGAUAAAGCCAUGGCUGUUCUCCAAGAGGAAAGGUUCCAAGGCCAUGGAGGUCGAUGGUGGAGCACUGGAUAUCGUCUGGGACCUGUCCUCUGCGAAGUUUGCGGCCGGGCCAGAACCCGUCGAAGGCUUCUAUGUUGCCCUGGUCUGUGAUCUUGAAGCUGUUCUUGUGCUCGGCGACAUGCGCAAGGAUGGGGAUCACAGGGUUUCGUCAGAUGUAUUGGCCUCCAAUGCUGUCAUGAUAGCCAGGAAGGAACAUGUUUAUGGGAAGAAGGUGUAUUCAGCGAAGGCCCGGUUUUUGGACAUUGGUCAGCUCCACCAUAUCACCAUAGAGUGUGACACAUCGGGGUUGAAGGAUCCAAGCCUAGAAAUCAGGAUUGGCAAGAAGAGAGUCAUGCAGGUGAAGAGACUUGCAUGGAAGUUCAGAGGAAACCAGACAGUCUAUGUUGAUGGACUUCCAGUAGAGGUCCUAUGGGAUGUUCAUGACUGGCUAUUUGGUUCAUCGAAUAAAUGUGCCGUGUUCUUGUUUCAGUCAGGCCAAUCCAUGGAAAAAUUGCUGUCAAGGUCAUGCUCUCAGAAUGAAAAGGAGCUUCAAGCGCAUCGUUUUGGCUUCACUUUGAUACUUAAUGCAUGGAAGACCGAAUAGGCAGAAACAUGAUGACAAGUUUCUUCGGCCAUUCUACCGUAAAUUAAUGAAUCCUAACAGUAAGAAUAUGCAAGCCUGACAAAACCUUGUGCAAGGAUUUCAUGCUUCUUAACUAUUGUGUUCUAGUGAUGAUUAGCAAGUUGAGAAUUUGAGUACCCAUAUAAUUUUUUCUAGAUAGGUAGUUAGACAGAAUGUCAGAUUCUAGUGCCCCAUUUGUAUUAUCAUGUCUUUGACAUAUACAUUCUGAUCACAAAUCCAAGAAGCAAAGCAAAAAAAUGAUGCUUUUCUGAAAACUUUUCCAUUCUUGUGCUCUACAUGUUCAGUGUGAGGCUUAGUAGAAAUAUAUUACUGAAUCAAGAAAAUCUGGUGCUGUGUUCUGUGCCAACUCCCAA